GGUGCCCAGGAGCCGGGAGGAAUACUUGACUGCUUGCUGCCGGGGCGUGGGGGGAUCCUGGCUGCCAUGGUGUCAGACGAAGAUGAAUUGAAUCUUCUGGUUAUCAUAGUUGAUACCAACCCAAUUUGGUGGGGGAAACAAGGAUUAAAGGAAUCUCAGUUUACUUUAUCAAAAUGCAUAGAUGCUGUGAUGGUGCUGGGAAAUUCUCAUUUAUUCAUGAAUCGUUCCAACAAACUUGCCGUGAUAGCAAGUCACAUUCAAGAAAGUCGAUUCUUAUAUCCUGGGAAGAAUGGCAGACUUGGAGACUUCUUUGGAGACCCUGGCAACCCUCCUUCUGAAUUCAGCCCCUCAGGGAGCAAAGACGGCAAAUACGAGUUGUUCACAGCAGCGAAUGAAGUCAUUGCUGAAGAAAUUAAAGAUCUCAUGACCAAGAGUGACAUAAAGGGUCAACAUACGGAAACUCUGCUGGCGGGAUCCCUCGCCAAAGCUCUUUGCUAUAUUCAUAGAAUGAACAAGGAGGUUAAAGAUAAUCAAGAAAUGAAAUCAAGGAUUUUGGUGAUUAAGGCUGCGGAAGACAGCGCACUGCAGUACAUGAACUUCAUGAAUGUCAUUUUCGCAGCACAGAAGCAGAAUAUUUUGAUCGAUGCCUGUGUUUUAGACUCGGAUUCAGGACUCCUCCAACAGGCCUGUGACAUCACAGGGGGACUGUACUUGAAGGUGCCUCAGAUGCCCUCCCUCCUGCAGUAUUUACUGUGGGUUUUUCUUCCCGAUCAAGAUCAAAGAUCUCAGUUAAUCCUCCCACCCCCGAUUCACGUGGACUACCGGGCUGCUUGCUUCUGUCAUCGAAAUCUUAUUGAAAUUGGCUAUGUCUGUUCUGUGUGCUUGUCAAUAUUCUGCAAUUUCAGUCCUAUCUGCACCACCUGCGAGACAGCCUUUAAGAUUUCGCUGCCUCCGGUGCUGAAGGCCAAGAAAAAGAAACUGAAAGCAUCAGCAUGAUCGUAAGAUCCACCCGCCCCCACACUCUGCCCAUCUUUUCGAGCCUAUGAAUAGAAAUUGUAUGGCAGAGUCUGUGUUGGGAAGGCCCUGAAAAAAUACAGCAUGUGUAGGAUAAUUUUUACUGACAUUUCUUACAGGAAAGAUUUCUAAACCAUUAUCCUCGUCCUGUGCUUUUGGGAGACUGCUUUUUUUGAGGGAGUCAUUCUAUGCAAUGUACCCCAAAUCAUUUCUGACUGGUUUUUGGCCACAAAGGGAGAAGAGAAGAAAGCACAAAUUAGUUAGUGACUUUUUUUUUUUUUUUUUUUUUAAAUGAGGUGCUCAUUUGUCAGUCAGCCCAUCCUGACUGAUCACAGGCUUUGGACUCUGUUACCCGUGACUAGGUUCUUACUGUGAAUGCACGACCCGUGAAAUUUGAGUGCAGUUUGGGAGAAAGCAACCGUGCGGUGCUGGCAUUAUUCAACAUAGACCAUCUUCCUUGAUUCCACAGCUGACUUUUACAGUAGUCAUGUAAAUAAACUCCCGAUUGUCGAGAUUCAGAUUAGCUUCAGAUACAGAUAUUUUUUCUUUUCUCUGACAUCAUUACGUGUCUGGACACAGUCAUCCAAAUAAUAACAGUUUGUCACCGAAUAAGUGCAAAGUCCGAUCUUGAGUGAGUGAGGAGAGUGGGUGCAGGACUCUGGUGGCAACUUUUUCUUCAGAGAUAGUUGUGUGAGAGCUGAUUUGUGAAAGCCGGUGUCUGGGUUCAGAGGGGGACUCUCUUGGGGAGAAUGGAUUUUUUUACGGUUCAGUGUUGUCCCCCAGAUAGAAUUCUUUCCUUUUGUAAUGAGGGGGAAAAAAAAAAGCAAUAAUGUUGGAGAACUGUUCUCUAGAAGCUUUGGGUUUACUACUGACAAAUGCUAAAGGUUCAGAAGAAAAAUUAUUUGUAAUUUCAAUGAGAAAAAAAACCCUAUUUUUUUAUGUGAGCUUGAAGUUAUUAGAAGUCCUUUCAAAUUCCAGUACAAUGUAAGAAGGGCUUUCAGGAAUGGUGGCUGGUUUGAUUUGUUUUAAAAUUUUUUUUUUUCAACGUUUAUUUAUUUUUGGGACAGAGAGAGACAGAGCAUGAACGGGGGAGGGGCAGAGAGAGAGGGAGACACAGAAUCGGAAACAGGCUCCAGGCUCCGAGCCAUCAGCCCAGAGCCUGACGCGGGGCUCGAACUCACCGACCGCGAGAUCGUGACCUGGCUGAAGUCGGACGCUUAACCGACUGUGCCACCCAGGCGCCCCUGAUUUGUUUUUAAAAGUAUAUUGACAAAAACAAACAGGUGUAUACUGACAAAAACCUGAAGAUUUUAAUUUUCUCUUUAUGCCAUCUCAGAAGCUGAGUCUCGUUUAAGUAGUUUGGUACUUGGUUAGAUGAUUUUGGGUAGAUUUUGUAUUCUGGAUUUAUAACUUUGUUAAUUACACACAGAUUUUGGUGGUCACCUGGCAAGUAUUUGUGAAUCCUUAAGUUUGAAAAUCUGGUUUGUCUUUUAAACAUACUAUUUAAUAUUUCAUAGCCUAAGAGUAAUGGAAAUCGCUGUUUUAGGUCUAGGAGUCAUCAGAUACCCAAAAGACGAAUAAUUUCAAAGAAGCUGAUCAGGUUUUUGUUUGAAAUGUUUUGUGUACUGGCUUAAUUCUGUUUAGGCUUUGUUUUUAACUGUUGUUUUUAUGGUUUAUAUAAAUUUUUAUAAUAAAAUAAUUUAAAUUUUC